UCCACAAUCUCCAGGCUCCAGUGUUUUGGUCGACGUGGGCGUGUGAGGUUACACGGUACGAACAUCAUGGAUUCUCCCUCUCCUGCCUUUCGGUCUCCCUUCUUACGACCAUGGAUGAACCAGACGGGUGCGGCGGCAGCAACUGGAGGAGGGAGCAUGGGUCUCAAGGGUAUUGUGGCAGGUGGUAUAACGGGAGGCAUUGAGAUCUGCAUCACCUUUCCAACUGAGUAUGUCAAGACACAGCUACAGCUAGACGAGAAGAGUGGAGCUAAGAAGUACAAUGGCAUUAUUGACUGUGUCAAGAAGACAGUUUGAGGGCACGGGUUCUUUGGCCUUUACCGAGGCUUGUCCGUCCUGUUGUAUGGCUCAAUACCUAAGUCAGCCUGCAGAUUUGGUGCCUUUGAACAACUGAAAAAGUACAAUGUGGAUAAGAGAGGAAACUUGAGCCCAGGGAAGAGGCUUUUAUGUGGUCUUGGUGCAGGAGUGUGUGAGGCAAUAUUUGCAGUCACUCCCAUGGAAACUAUUAAAGUCAAGUUCAUCAAUGACCAACGUUCAGCAAAUCCAAAAUUUAAGGGUUUCUUUCAUGGUGUGAAGUGUAUUUUAAGAGAACAGGGAAUCCGAGGGACCUAUCAGGGUGUGACAGCCACUAUCCUGAAGCAGGGAAGUAAUCAAGCCAUGCGUUUCUAUGUCAUGGAGACGUGCAAAGACAAAUAUAGGGGUGGAGAUCCAACUAAGCCUGUUCCUAAACUAGUUGUUGGCUUAUUUGGUGGCUUUGCUGGUGCUGUAUCGGUGUUUGGCAACACAUCUAUUGAUGUUGUCAAAACUAGGAUGCAGGGAUUGGAGGCACACAAAUACAAGAAUACUUUUGACUGUUUCCAAAAGAUUUGGAAGCAUGAAGGACCACGAGCGUUCUACAAAGGAACAGUACCCAGGCUGAGCCGUGUGUGUCUGGACGUGGCUAUAACCUUUAUGAUAUAUGACAGUUUUAUGGAACUCUUCAACCGUGUGUGGAAGUAGAGGUUGAGGCUCAGGGUUACAUUUGUAUUCAAGGUAAUGACAAGCCAAGAUAUGUAUGUCCAUCCAUGUGACCAUGGUUAAUGCUUUUGCACACAGUCUUAUGUUUUUGAAUAUCCAAGAAAAGUUUGUGAAUAUAAAUUUCACUUGGGAAAAUUAUGACAAUUUUUCCUUAGAUCAUCAGCAACUGAAUAAGCAGAUUUUGUUGUAACACACUGUUAUUUUAUGGUCAAUGUCCGAUUUUGAGCAAAGCACAAUCAACUUUUUGCUGUUUAAAUCACAGAUAUAUCAUACAUAUUAUGAUUGAACAACAUGAGCUUAGCUCAAAUCCUACACUGGCUUCAAAUAACUGAAUAAAUACUGUUUUUCAGGACUUUUCUAAGGGUGAGAUCCCAGUUUUUUGCAGCCUUACUGUAUUAUUAUACAUUUUAAUUUCCAUGGUAGUUUGCAAAGAAGCAGCACUGACACUAUUUGUCACUUUGUUCAUGUGGUGCUAACAGUAAAUGGACUGAGGUUUUAGUUAGAAAAAA